GCCAGCCCCCUGCCUCUCCCCUGGCCUCAGCUGCUGCCUGCGCACUCUGGAGGCUGUGGUGGGGCCCAGCAGCUCUGCCAGGGCAUCAGACGUAAGGGGUGUGGCUGCGCCGUCCCCACCUGCCCAGAGCCCGCCCUCUGUGUCCCCAGCACCGUGCUGUUGCUGAACCCAGUGGAGGUGCAGUCCGAGUUCCUCGCUGUGGCCAACAAGCUGAGCACGCCCGGGCACUCGCCCCACGGCGCCUACACCACUCUGCUCCUGCACGCCUUCCAGGCCACCUUCGGGGCCCACUGUGACCUCCCGGGGCUGCACGGCAGGCUGCAGUCCAAGAGCCUGGCCGAGCUCGAAGACAUCUUCACGGAGACUGUGGAAGCUCAGGAGCUGGCUUCUGGCAUCGGGGACGCAGCCGAGGCCCGGCAGUGGCUCAGGACCAGGCUGCAGGCGGUGGGAGAGAAAGCUGGCUUCCCCGGCGUCUUAGACACUGCCAAACCUGGCCAGCUCCGCACCAUCCCCAUCCCUGUGGCCAGGUGUCACACGUACAGCUGGAGCCAGGACAGCUUCGACAUCCUACAGGAAAUCCUGCUCAAGGAACAGGAGCUGCUCCAGCCAGGGAUCCUGGGGGACGACGAGGAGGACGACGAGGAGGAGGAGGAGGACUUGGAAACGGAUGGGCAUUGUGCCCAGAGAGACUCACUGCUCUCCACCAGCUCGUCGGUCUUCCACGACUCCACCCUGUCCCUUGCCUCAUCCCAGGCCUCAGAGCCCACCCUCUCCCGCCAGCUGCUGACGUCCUUCGUCUCGGGCCUCUCGGACGGCGUGGACAGCGGCUACGUGGAGGACAGCGAGGAGAGCCCCUCCGAGUGGCCCAAGAGGCCGGGCAGCCAGGAGCGCCGGGGUCACCGCAGGCCGGGGCAGAAGUUCAACAGGAUCUACAAACUCUUCAAGAGCACCAGCCAGCUGGUGCUGCGGAGGGACUCCCGGGGCCCGGAGGGCGGCUCGGACGCGGCACUGCCGCUGCGCCGUGCGGGCAGCCUCUGCAGCCCCCUGGACGGCCCGGUGCCACCCCCCGCG